AUGCUAUAUACUUUGAAUAUGAAUGAAAACUAUAUCCACACGAUGAAACAAGAAGGACUAUUCUAUGUCGACGAUUAUUUGUUCGAUCCGAAUAUUAAUGUAUCGACAAUGUUGGAACAGUAUGAUAUAUCAAGAUUUGGAGAUGAUCGAAGAGAAAGGAAACAAUUGGAGAAAAGAGAUUUGCAAUGCGUUGUUUGUGGAGCGCGCGCUUUCGGGUAUAAUUUCGAUCAAAUUACAUGUGAAAGCUGCAAAGCCUUUUUCCGACGAAAUGCUUUGCGAAAUCUUAAAGAAUUUUGUUGUCGGUUCAAUGGGGAUUGCCAAAUCAAUGCUGAGAAUCGUCGACAUUGUGCUGGAUGUCGCAUCCGAAAGUGUUUUGCUGUUGGUAUGAGAAAGGAAUGGAUACGAAGUGAAGAAGAAAAAGCUAUCAAACGAAUUCGAUUAGACAUGACUCGAAGGUCGAAACAUAAUAAAGUAGCAAUCGAUAGACGUCCGAGUGAUUUUCAGUCAAUUAGUCUCUUAAAUUCAACACAUCGCACCCACCUAAAUAAUUUAGUUCACUGUUACGAUCAAUAUGUCAGUGAACCGACGAUAUCUGGUUACAAUCCAUCGAAAGAACUUCUUUGCCUACGAUUACACGACUUUUAUAAUCGAAAACGACCGAUCAACAUCGACGAUCAGGUUCUGUUAAUCAAACAAAAUGCUCAUGCUCUUCUACCGAUUAACUACGCUCUACUAAAAACGCCAAGUCAUUCGAAAUUUCGUUAUACAUAUGUACAAACAAUUGGCUGUAUAAAUCAAAUCAAUUUGCACACGAUUUAUCAAUUUUUAUCCAAUAGUUUUGUUUCAUUUGUCGUCUCUGAUCCGUUAGUGAUUAAAUUAUUCACGGUGAUUCUAUUUUUUACUACAAAUAUACAAACGACAAACAUCGACACAAGCGAAUACAAACAGUUGGACUAUAUCAAACGUACUCAAACGAAUUACGUCGAAUUAUUGUGGUUAUAUAUGCUGGAAAAGUUCGGCGAAAACCAGGCGAGAACUUUAUAUAUGAAUAUGAUUCUAAAAUACUUACACUUGCAAGACACGAUUGAACAAAUCAAUACGAUUAUAAGAUUAAAUGAAGAUGUACAAUUUCUUGACGGAUUGUUGAAAACGAUUUUACAAUUGACUUGA